AUGCAAAUAUUGAAACGAAGCGAGUAAGCUGCAAGUGUUAUUUAUAUAUUUUUAAUAAUCGAAGUGCAGUGGAGUUUUCUUAUCGGUUUGUUUUUGUUUAAUAUUUGAGGAAAUGUUUUUAUUUUUGUGAUUAUUCAGAAGAAGAAGAAGAAAAAAAAAGAUUUUCGGACACGUCGUAUGAGCUGUUUGUUGUUAGCCGAUGCUAAGCAUUAGCAUAGCGCCAUGAAUCCACCUAACCCGUUCGGAAGUCCACACGGCGGAGCUUUUCAAACCCCGAACAGUUCCAAACCUGGCCUGUUCCAGACUUUCGGACAGCAGAGUACCGGCUCUCCGGGACAAGGUUUGGGCUUUUUUCAACCGCCAACCUUUGGACAAUCGUCUGUCAUGAGUCAGCCAUCAGCUCAGGCCCUGUUCGGACAGCCGGCUCUGGGAGUGACUGGGUCAGGCUUUGGGAGCAGCAAUCCACCGACUUUUGGACAGAACCAGAAUCCGGUUUUUGGAAAUACCAGUGGACAGAACCAGACCUCCACAUUUGGCCAGACCAGUGGACAGAACCAGACCUCCACAUUUGGACAGAACCAGAAUGCGGUUUUUGGAAAUACCAGUGGACAGACCCAGACUUCAGCUUUUGGACAAACUAGUGGACAGAACCAGACUUCAGUCUUUGGACAGCCCAGUGGACAGAACCAGACCUCCACAUUUGGACAGACCAGUGGACAGAACCAGACUUCAGUCUUUGGACAGCCCAGUGGACAGAACCAGACCUCAGUCUUUGGACAGCCCAGUGGACAGAACCAGACCUCCACAUUUGGACAGUCCAGUGGACAGAACCAGACCUCCACAUUUGGACAGACCAGUGGACAGAACCAGACUUCAGUCUUUGGACAGACCAGUGGACAGAACCAGACCUCCACAUUUGGACAGACCAGUGGACAGAACCAGACCUCCACAUUUGGCCAGACCAGUGGACAGAACCAGACCUCCACAUUUGGACAGUCCAGUGGACAGAACCAGACCUCCACAUUUGGACAGUCCAGUGGACAGAACCAGACCUCAGUCUUUGGCCAGACCAGUGGACAGAACCAGACCUCAGUCUUUGGGCAGCCCAGUGGACAGAACCAGACCUCCACAUUUGGACAGCCCAGUGGACAGAACCAGACCUCCACAUUUGGACAGUCCAGUGGACAGAACCAGACCUCAGUCUUUGGACAGCCCAGUGGACAGAACAAGACCUCCACAUUUGGACAGUCCAGUGGACAGAACCAGACCUCCACAUUUGGACAGACCAGUGGACAGAACCAGACUUCUGUUUUUGGACAGACCAGUGGACAGAACCAGACCUCCACAUUUGGACAGAACAGUGGACAGAACCAGACUUCUGUUUUUGGACAAACUAGUGGACAGGCUCAGACUCAGGUUUUUGGACAGAGCAGCGGACAGAACCAGACCCAAACCUCUGGACAGGCACCUGUAUUUGGACAGCCCUCUGCGUUCAGGCAGGCGCCAGGCUUUGGGAAACAACCCCCCCAGUUUGGGAUCUCCCAGAUGGCCUCCAGUUCCACCAGUAGUUUUGGACCGCCCAUGUUUGGACAACCCUCCACCAGCAGUAUAUUUAGUGGCACUCAGAAUGUGACGACCCAAAGCAGAACAACCUCUGAGUUCUGUUUCAAGCCGUCCAACGAGGCUCUUUUCAAACCCAUCUUCAGCGCCAGUCCAGAACCGGCCACCCCUCAGAUCAAAACCAUGUCCAGCUCUUUUGGAGGCGCCGGUUCCCAAACCAGCUCCAGCACCAGCGGCUUCUCUCUCUUGGCUGGAGCCAAGUCCGGACCGCUCGGCUUCAGCUUCAUGCAGCCGUCUGCAGCCGGUUCUGCUCAAAGUAUCCAACCAACAACCGGCAGCAGCGCACCAAGCAGCACUCUCCAGUUCACGUUUUCCCAACCAGCUGUCCCGUCCAGCUCGAACACAUCAGCAUCCACCACCGAGCCCACCACCCCGUCAUCCUUCAGCUUCACAACCAAGAGCCUGCAGGCUCAGCCGACACUUCCCUCAGGGGAAGCAGGCUUUGGUCAGACUCCAGUUUUUGGUGACAACAAAGCCAAAGAGGAAACUGGGACAGACGAUAAAGGAAAGAUCCAAGAGGACACCAACGUAUUCGCACGUCUCGGCAAACCCGCCAAGCGCAAAGAAGACCCAGCGACCUCCAGCUCGGGCUUUGACCACCCGCCAGCCGAGGACGAGGCUUCGCCCGAAGCGGACUCGCCGAGGCAUCCCUCCAAGAGGCCGCUGAUCAGGUCCCGUGGUCUUCCAGGGAACCUCUUCACCCGGGCGCUCAGCGGUAUUUGCAGGGAGCGGGCCAGCACAGUGAGGCGAGAGGCCGUGACUCAGAAACUGGCGUCCAAGCAGGAGGAGGCGGCGACAGUUCAGGUGGAAGAGCCGUCUGCCGCUCCACCUGCUGCACAAACGCUGAGCCGGGUCGUUCUGGAAAAAUCUGAAGGUUCAGACUCCGAUGUCUCCCCYAGUCCAAAAUCUCAAGUGCUGACCCCGGCGGGUCGCGGCGCACGCAGCGACAGCUUGGACAGCCUGAGGGGCGUUUCCCCCUCUGACCUGAACACCAUCAUGUGCAGAAACGUGCCUCCGGCCCUCAACAGGAAGUACGUGAUCGAGAAGCACUUUGCUCGGUUUGGGAAAGUCCUUAAGGUUUCCUGUCGACGUGCGAGGAAUUUUGCCACCGUGCAUUUUGGCGAUCACGCUGCAGCUGCGAAAGCGAAAAAGAACGGAAAAAUCCUGCAGGGAACUGAGCUGGUACUGCUGUGGCAGAGGAAGAAGCAAAGUCCAGGAGACAAAGGGGGCCGAGCUGCAGGAGAACUGGAGCAAACUGGAGAAGGAAGUCCAAAAGUCAAAGAGACCAAAGCUGCAGCUGCUUCUCCUCUCAAACGGCCCGCCCUCAUGCCUCCCACACUCAGCAGCUCGGUCACCUUCAGCCACYGCUCUCCGGUGAAGAAGCCUUCUCCGGUCAAGCUGCUGCAGUUUGACCCUGAACCUCAAAAAGACAACGUGACCGAGUCCCAGAGCUCAGAGCGUCCCGUCCCGUCCUCCCUGACUCACCUGAUCGGUCAGGUAGCCGAGACCACCGAGGACAAGUACCGCCUCCUGGAACAAAUAGACAAGAUCCUGCGCCAAGGUCGACCCAAGAGGACAGACCUGGACAUGUCCAAGGUGUUUGUGGGGACGUGUCCUGACAUGUGUCCAGAGAAGGAGAGGUACAUGAGAGAGACUCGAAACCAGCUCAGCGUGUUCGAGGUGGUCCCGAACACAGAGAUGGUGGACCAUGCCGCUGCCAUAAAGGAGUACAGCCGCUCCUCUGCCGACCAAGAGGAGCCCCUUCCUCACGAGCUGAGACCCCUGCCUGUGCUCAGCAUGACCAUGGACUACUUGGUGACCCAGAUCCUGGACCAGGUUCAGGACGGCUGCCGGGACUGGUACGACUUUGUUUGGAACCGAACAAGAGGGAUUCGCAAGCUGAUGUUGUGGAGGUCACAGCAGGGCCCAGCGUCGAACCACCAACUCUGUUUGUGCCGGUCCAAGCUCCAGCUGUUCCCUGUGUGACUGAGCCUCCCCCAGCUGUUACCGACGAGGCGGGAGAACCGAACCCCCCUGAGCCUGUCAAAGCCCCGUCGCCUCCACCCAAACCUCAGCCGACGUACAGCGACGAGGACAUCAUGGCCGAGCUGGACUCUGUCGUAGAAGAGGUACUCGAAGCAGAAGUGAAGGAAGUGGCCGACGCCGGAGCCAGCUACGCCGCGGCGGCGCUCACGGAGAGCGAGGCGCAGGUGGAGGUUCUGGUGAGGGAGGUGUUGGGACACAUGCUGCGGGAGAUCUCCUCUUCCGAGAUCAAACUGGAACAGGAGCGCAUCGCAGAAGAGGAGCGAAGGAUCGAGGAGGCCAGGCGGAGGCAGGAGCACGAGGCCUUCCUGGCUCAGUUCAGCUGCUCGCUCUGCGCCGACAUCAUUCAUCAAGUGGUGGACGAGACCGCGCGGGAAACCGCCUCCGCUGAAAUCCAGGAGGCUCUGAGGGAGAAAGCAGAACGUUUGGAUAAAUGCAGUAAGCAGAUCUGCUGCCAGCUGAUCGAUGAGACUCUGAAGACAGAAAUCUCUCUGCUGGUUGAAGACCUCCUGGAAGCAGAGCUGGAGCUCAUCUACAAGUACAUCAAGAGGUGGCGUGACGUGGUGGCGGUUCGACGCAAGCUGAAGCGUCAGAUGAGGGGCUUUCCUGCMGCGCCUUGCUGCGUGGACCCUCGGUUCAAACUGAAGGCCCUGGCCCCCAGCGCCCCCGCCCAGCCCUGCAGAGCGGACCUGGCUCGAGGUGUGGUGGACCUGGGGAACGCUGGCGUGUUCGCCGUGUCCAGCACCAGGCUGCUGAGGAUGAGACAAGAGGCCGUCCAUCAGCUGAGAGUCCACUGCUUCUAUCAGCAGCUGCUGCAGGAGAAGGUGUGGGCGCCGCUCGAUCUGCCCGCGCUGCUGACUGACAACAUCCCAAACCCACCUGAUCGCAUCUUCUGGAAAAUCGUGCUGCUCCUCCCCAGUGAUCAUGAAAGUGCAGCCAGUCUGGCUGACAGGCUGCUGUCAGACUGGCUGCAGGUGAAACUGGGUUCUGACAGAAGCUCAGGGGAGGAGCCGGACGGUACCAUGAGAACUCUGUGUGUCACCAACACUCUGCAGGAGAGCAGGCAGAGGACUCACAAGGUCCACGUCACGGUCAAGCUGAGUGGAGCCGUGCGCUGGCUGCUGGCCCGCGCCCCGCCGGCCCCCCUGCUCUCCUGUCAGACCCUGGUUCAGCUCAUCGAGACCAGUUUGAGCCGUGAGUUCAGUUUCAGGGUCUACAGCCACCGGCAGGACCGGGCGGCUGCAGGCCUUCGGCCCCAGGACCCGGGACCCGUCGUCCAGCUCUACAACGCAGUCCUGGGUUUUGUGGCCGAUCAGGUGUCCUCCCAGGACCUGUGUGGGCUCUCGUGGCCCCCCGCCGAGUUCAGCCUGCCUGAAACCAGAGAUUUAGUUCCUCAUCAGGGCUGGAACCGCUCGGAGCAUCUGGCCUGGCUGCGAGCAGCCGUCCUCAGCCUGCAGCUGCCGGAGUGGGAGGAGCCUACUGCUGCAGGCUCAGAUCUGCGCUCCUCUGUUCUUCAUUACGCCACCAAGAUCCCCACGUCCCGCCUCAGUCAGCCGGUCCUCCUGUCCCAGCUGGAGAACCUUCUGGAACAAGUCCGACUAAAGUCUGUGCACAUCAGAACCCCCGGAUCCAGACUGUCCAGAGACCAGACACUGCUCUCCUCCAGUGUACCGUGGGACGACGUGGUGCUCGUCUUCAUGGACCACAAACUGAAGGACUGGCAGCUGCCGGGACCACCUGUUUACCAAGAUGCUGUGACAGAAGACGGAGACAUCCUGGUUUAUUUCCCUGCAGGGUCUCUGGAGGGUUUCCAGCCUCCUGACAGCUGGACUCAGGCCUUGGAGCAAACACACAGAGAGAAGCAGCAGGAGARGACCUGGGCGGCUGGAGAAGGUGACCAUUCCCCCUCCCCCAGCCCCUCCCUCAGGCAGAGGUUGUUCCACAGCUGGGUGGAGCCCGCCGACUCACCGUCGCCCCCGCUGGACGUCACACACCCCCCCACAGCAGAGGAGCUGCUGACCCACAGAGUCCUGCAGGACUUAGAGGAGGAGAAGAGGCAAAGCAGGAGGUGCAUGGAGCAGAUUAAGAGCUGGGCGGACGGAGCCCCGUUGGACAUAUUGUCCUCCCCGCUCCUCAUCCCAUCCUCCACCCUGAUGUCCACGCCCACAGUCCUACGGCCUGCGUCCAAACACAGAACUCCAAAGGCAGCUUUGACUCAGAUAUGUGAGCCUGAGGAGCGUCGGGACGCAGCGGCCCGGUCCAGGAUGUCCCAGCUGUGGAGGAUGAAGGACCUGGAGCGGCAGAUUUCUGCCAGUCGAGAGGAGGAGCUGGCCUGCAGGCUGAGGCUGGACGCCUGGCUGAACAUCGUGGACGACUGACGGGAAAACACUUUUUUAAAACAAGAGAAGCAGCUGAGCCUGCAGCCGUCUCCUCUUACUUCUUUUAAUUCAUGCUUUUAAAAUAUCUGAAUUUAGCAGAACAUUUUCGUUCUUAUACAAUAUUUUUUUAUCAUUUAAUUUUGUUAUAAGUGUGCCUUAGUAUUUUUUGCAAGCUUUAACAGAUGUUAAACUUAUUUUUUUUUGCCAAAUAAUAAAAUAAAAAUGGAUAUUUUUUGGUAAA